AUGUCCGACAAGCAUGGCCGCAUGUGGGAGGAUGCGCUGGUGGCUCAGCUGCUCUCCCGUGGUGGCUCGGAGAAGGCGACCGUCAUGCAGCUGGCUCGCCCUUUCCUGGAAGAGUGGCGCUCGAGACCUUCACUCCUCACAUCCGUGUUGCAGCGGCUCGUCCGCUGUCGUGCACCGGAUGCUGGCGCGGCGCUGCUUUCGGCACUGCGGCUGCUGGGACUGGAGGUCAACAUCAUACACCAGAACUGCGUCAUUUGUGCCGCCGAGCGAAGCGGGAAGUGGCGGCUUGCCACACACUUCCUGGGCUCCGCGGCACGGCAGCGAGUUUCCCCGGACGAGAUCAGCUACAACACAGUCCUCAGCGCCCAGGAGAGCUCCUGGAAAGCUGCAGAGGCGACCUUGGAGGCCUUGCGGAGAUCAAGCUGCGAAGCUUCAGCUACGUCGUACAACUCCCUGCUCAGCGCCUGCGAGAAGUGCUCCAGCUGGAGCGAGGCGCUUUCCGCGCUCUCCCAGAUGCUUGGCCUUUCGGUGGCGCUCGAUGCGUUCAGCGAGAGCGCCGGCAUCACCACAUUGAACAAGGCCAAGCACUGGGAGGAAGCGCUUCUUAGAUUCGGUUUCGCCGGUGCCGCGGCCAGAAGUGUGGUCACCUUUGGCGCCGCACUGACGGCGUGCGAACGCGGAGGGCAGAAGGAUCAGAAGAUGCUGGAAGCAGAGGAGGUCCUUUGCCGCAUUUGCCAAGACUCCAGCGGCAAGCUUGUGCGCGCUUGUGGCUGCAAAGGAACUCUUGCAUACGUCCACCCGGAGUGCCUGAUGCAGUGGCGGGCCUAUUCGCCCAAGGCCGCCGCCAUGUGUGAGCUGUGCAACUGUCCGUACACUCUGCCUGGGCCACUGGGCUGUGGCCAAACAUCAGCACUGACAUUGACGAUCGUCGCACUACUGAUGAUAUGGAUGUCGUUGGCACGAGAUGUACUCGUUGUGAAUGGCUUACUCCUGCCCGCAGCAAAGCACUGCAACGUCGGUGAGUUCACGCCUCCUUGGCGCCGUGCACUGGUGAGCCUUUUCGAAGCUGCGGAUCUCGACCAGGAUGGGGCCAUGUCCUUGGAGGAAAUGCGAGCUCUGGCAAACCGCACUGGAGAAAAAGUCAGUGAUACUGUUCUUGAGCUGGCGCUCAAACUCGCGGAUCACAAUGAGAGAGGCCUCACGGUGCAAGGUCUGCGGCAGACCUAUGAGCGUGACAGCGGCUCUGUGCUCUUGCAGGAUCUCAAGAUCUACAACCUCUCUCACGUCCUUCGACACGAGGAAGGUGACAUGAGGGGUUUGUCCUGUGCGCUCUCCUUCGUGGCCUCGGCCCUGGCUACACGCGAGGCGCGGCAGCUCUUAAAGCUGAGCCCGCUCAUGCACCUGCAAUGGCGACGUGUUGCCCUUCAAGGGCUGCUGAUCCUUGCCUUGAUCCUGCUGCUCCAUUCCUGGCAGUGUACCGGUGCCAUUGUUGCAUUCACCUUCGCGGCAUGGCCAUGUGCACUGGCGGUGGACAGCGAGUCGCCGCUACCAAGGCAAACUGAACCGCCACCUACCGACAGCUUUGCGAGCAGGUCAGCCACCGAGCUGCAGCCGUGUGCUUCCAAGCGCCCGCCUGAGGCCAGUGUGAUGCGAUGCCUCCUGCGUCUGUUGAUCACUGGCACACUGGCCGCCGUGGCGCCUGUUCCGGAACGGGGAUGCCCUGUGCAGUUCUUCGCUUGUCAAAAAGCAGUGUUACGAACAAGACCCACGGCCUUCAGCAACAUGGGAAUCAAGCCACAAUUUGAUAAGUGCUGCGCCAACUCCCGAGAACGGGGACGAGACCAGUCCAAGGCCAGGUCCGGGGUCUUGAGGUUGCACAACUUUCUUGGAGGAAACGUCGUGACCUACAGUGCGGCACUGGCGGCCUGUGCAGAUGCCGUGCAGUGGCGUGUGGCUUGUCAGCUCUUCUGGGACAUGGCGAAUGCAUCCGUUGAAGCGAACACCGUGGUUUUCGGCGCGGUCACAGGCGCCUUUGCAGCAGCCGACUGGAGGCUCGCCAUCUCCAUGCUCAGCACGAUGGUCGAGGAGGCCGUUCGCAUCAACACGGUCGUGCUUCUUGCUGCUCUUGACGCCUGCGCCUCCGCUGGAAAAACAGAUACGAUUAUCGCGCUCUCCACGGAGAUGGCUGAUGCAGGGCUUACAAUUGAUGCGGAGACGUGCAGCGCCAUCGUCGCAGCCUGUGAAUCUCGGCAGCCACGCCGUGCUGCAAUGCUUCUGGACACGGCCGGUAAGGACGGCUUGCAGCAACUCCAGAGCUCUGGUCGCUGA